AUGGGAAAUUGCAUGAAAAAUAGUAAAGCUGAUAUUCUAGUUCAUGCUGAACAGAAAGUUGAGACACCAAUUGAGGAAGCAGAAAAGGCAAAGGAACAAAGCAUUAAUAAGAGAAGAAAGACAGUUAGAUUUAGAGUAGAUGAAGACAAAGAAGAGGGUCAAGAAAUGAUGAAAAAAGACGUGGUCAGAAUUAGACUAGUGGUGACACAAGAAGAGUUGAAGCAAAUAUUGAAUGGGCAGUUUAAUUAUUCCUCAGCAGAUGAAUUCUUACGGAAAAUGAAGUCAGAAAGUAGAGGUAGAAGAAUAAGAAGCAGCAGAAGAAGAUUAUUUCAAGAUGGAUUUUCUGAAAAAAUGAGAAGUAGCACAAGUUGGAGGCCAACCCUUGAGUGUAUUCCAGAGGACCACUAA